AUGGUAGCCAACCACGGCCCUCACCCUUUUGACCCUAUCAGGCCAGAGGAGAUCAAGCUCGCAGUGCGCAUCCUCGAGGCGACCUUCCCCGGCGUCUCUCUGCGCUAUAAGCGCAUUGAUGUCAAUGAACCUAUUAAGAACGAUGUGAUCGCAUACAUUGAAGCGGAGCGGUUACGGCGGCCUUUGCCCACACCCCCAGCCCGUCUUCUCUACGUGCUCUUCCACCGUCUUGAUACCGGUGCAUUCUACAAGGCCAUUCUCAAUGCUGAUAAGCGCAUCGUCGUCUAUGCUAAGGAGCUUCCGAAGGAAGUUCAGGGUCCUAUUGAUGUCGACGAAAUCGCUGCAAUUGAAGAAAUGUGCAUGAAGCACCCCGCGGUAUUGGCUGAGAUUGAGAAAUUGCAAUUGCCCGCGGGCGUCACCGUCUGCAACGAUCCUUGGAUGUAUGGCACGGACAAUGACAACGAGGACCGUCGACUUUUCCAAUGCUUUAUGUACAUGGUUGAGGUCGAUCACCCCCAGAACAAUCACUACUCUCUGCCUUGUAAAUUCUCACCAGUGUUUGACGGUCUCACUCACGAGUUGAUCCGCAUGGACUACCUUCCUGGCGGUGCUGAUUUUGAGACCACCUCUACUCAACCAUGGAAGCCUGUCAAGACAGUCCAGUACGCCCAUGACCUUUUGGAUGAACCCCUCCGUACCGACCUCAAACCCUAUAUCGUGCAACAGCCCGAAGGCCCUUCCUAUUCAGUGGAUGGCAACUCCGUAUACUGGCAGAAAUGGCGCUUCAGGGUCGGUUUCAAUGCUCGUGAGGGCUUAGUUAUCUACAACGUCACAUAUGACAACCGAAACCUCUUUUAUCGUUUGGCCGUAUCUGAGAUGACUGUUCCCUAUGGAGAUCCCCGUGCCCCUUACCAUCGCAAACAGGCGUUUGAUGUUGGCGACACUGGCUUUGGUAUGAAUGCCAACCAGCUAGCUCUUGGGUGCGACUGUCUUGGUCAUAUCAAGUACUUUAAUGGCUACCGCAACGACUCUAAGGGCAAUCCAUUAGAGUUGAAGAACGUGAUCUGUAUGCACGAGCAAGAUAACGGUUUACAGCACAAGCACACCAACUAUCGGUCUGGUGCUGCUACCGUUGUGCGUAACCGCCAGCUGGUCCUUCAGAUGAUCUGUACCGUGGCAAAUUACGAGUACAUCUUCAACUAUAUCUUCGACCAAGCCGCUAAUGUUGAAUUGGAAGUCCGCGCCACCGGCAUUCUUUCCACCGUCCCAUUCGAUAAUGAGAACGGGCAAACCGUCCCUUGGGGAACCAACGUCGGUCCCGGCGUUAUGGCUCCGUUCCACCAGCAUAUGUUCUCGCUUCGCGUUGACCCCGCUAUCGAUGGGUUUAAGAACACCAUCUACUACGAAGAUAGCGUGCCCAUGCCGGAAGAUGAAAAGAACCCCUACCUUGUAGGCUAUGUCUCCAAGCCUACAGUGAUGCGUACAGCAGGCACAGCCAACACCAGCGUGGACCGUCACCGCGUCUUCAAGAUCCGCAACGACAACAUCACCAACCCUAUCACUUACAAGCCCGUUGCAUAUAAACUCAUGGCAGCUCCCAGCCAAAUGCUUCUAGUCAGCAAGAACGCACCCGGCUACCGCCGUGCUGAAUUCGCCACCAAGCCAAUCUGGGUCACCAAGUACCAAGACGAUGAAUUAUACGCUGCAGGCGAGUUCACCAACCAAAGCCGUCGUGCCGAGGGCGUUGAGACCUGGGUGCAGCGCAAGGACAACGUAGAGAACGAAGAUGUCGUCCUAUGGCACACCUUUGGUCUUACCCACAACCCCCGCAUCGAAGAUUUCCCCGUCAUGCCAAUGGAGCGCAUCAGCGUCAUGCUGAAGCCCGAUGGGUUCUUCAACAAGAACCCUGCUCUCGACGUGCCGCAAUCUAGCCAGCUGUUCAACAAAUCCUCUCUACACCCCGAGGAAGCAGCUGCCUGCUGUGCCGGGUCUUCAUCUGCUGGCACCAAGGCCAAGCUUUACAAACGCACUGACUAG